AUGGCGUAUCGCUGCAAGGCCAUUCAGCUAUUCCGAAAAGUCAUCGCAUCCUUUCAAGAGCCUGAACCGUCAGCCAAUAUCGCAGCGCCGAAGGAAAGCAAAAAUCCAAAACCUAGAAAGUCCGCCAAGAUUGCCGGAGACCGGAAGCCGCAGACCGAUUCCCGGCACUACGGGCAGUCCAUCAUGUCCUUUGACCAGGGCAGCGCGCUGGUCGCGUCCUGCUACCUGCUCAUGGGCCAGUCGCAGUACCUCGGCGACGGCAUCCAAGACUUCAUGACGCUUACGCGCGGCUCCGCGUCGCUGCGCGGGGAGAUGAUCCGGCUCGGCUUCCCGCCGCUGUUCCAGAACCUCGAGCCCAAGGACUCCAUCGAGACGAUGCGCAGGUACCUCCAGGCGGUGCCGCCCCUCGACAAGCCGUGGCUCGACGCGGGGGAGACGUCUCUGGAGAUGAUCCGGUUCACCUGUGCGGACGGCCUGCAGCUGGCGUAUCUCGCCAACCUGGAGAGCAUCGUGGCGCACGCCCGGACGGACGCGUUCAAGGUGUACACGAGCGUCAUGGGCCACUUCAUCUGGUGGCAGGGCCUGCCGUUUGACCAGUUUCAGCGCAUCAUCGACAUGACCAACCAGGUGAAUGUCUUGCUCGCCACGCACUGGGUCGCCCUGAUGAUGGCGAUGGCGUUCUUGCGCAAGGCGAGUGUCAAGAUCAACGAUGACUCCAAGAAGAAGGUGGAUGCGUCGGUGCGGGGAAGCAAAGGCGCGAGUGCCCGGGCAAAGGAGGAUGGCAAGUGUACCGAGCCUUGGUACUACUGGCUUGUGUGCAUGAAUCGCUGGAUCACCUACGAUUAUCGCAAGUUUAAUGCCUGGCCGCAGUGGGUGCAGGAUAGAUUAGACGAAGACGCCUUGUAUUUCUACUCUUAG